AUGGAGGACACAUCAGUAAAAAUCAAGCAGCACCUUCAGAAUUAUCCAGUUCUGGCUAAAACUUGGCUGGACUAUGUUCCUUCCAACAUACGUCCUUACUUUUACCUUAUACGAGCUCACAAGCCCGCUGGAACACUUUUACUAUUCUAUCCAUGCGCAUGGUCGGUCACCAUGGCCUGCUACGCGCUCAGGGUGCCGAUCGCGACGGCGUGGGCUUAUGUCGGAUUUUUUCUUGUAGCAUCCUCAGUGUUCCGUUCCGCUGGAUGUGUGAUCAACGACAUGUGGGACAAAGACAUCGACGCUGCUACUUCACGAACGCGCACGCGACCCUUGGCCGCAGGUGAUCUCACGAGGUUCCAGGCGUUCAUCUUCCUUAUUCCACAGUUGGCCCUUGGCAUCUGGCUGUUCAUGCAGUUGAAUAACUAUAGCACAGUUCUUGGACUCUCUUCCCUGGGCGGGGUCGUGUUGUAUCCUGCUAUGAAGCGGGUGACUGACUGGCCACAAGCUGUCCUUGCCCUGUGCUUCAAUUGGGGAGCACUCUUGGGAGCAUCUGCUGUUGCUGGAGCAGUUGACUGGCAUGUAUACGUCCCUCUAUACAUCGGCGGUGCAUGCUGGACAAUCGAGUACGACACUGCUUACGCCCGUCAAGACAGGGAUGAAGACAUACAAAACGGCCUCCACUCGACCACAAUCGUUUUUGGAGACCGGCUCCGACCUGUUCUUGUGGUAUUUUCCCUCGUCGCUUGUUCUUUGGUGGCGUACGCCGGGAUCCUCAACGGACAUGGCUUCCCAUUUUUCAUCGGCGUGGCCCUUGGGGCCCUUCACCUUGUCCGACUCCUCGCCUCGAUUGACUUCGACGAUAAGGAGAGUUGCAAUGCUAGUCUCCUCAACAACGUUUGGUUUGGCUUCUUGGUUUGGGCGGGGGCUAUGGCCGACUACAUUAUGAAGAUGCAGUUAGAGACGGUGUAAGGAAGGCUAUGAUAUGCCUUUGUCACCACGAUCUUAAUUAUCACAACGAAUGUAUUUAAUGGAGGAAGGUCUUUGUUGGACACAGUUGAACUGGUUGUCCCUAGAAUGAUACCGGUAUGUGCGCCCCACAAAUUCCAUGGUGCCUGUGCAUAUACAGCUCC